UUGAUUACAGAAAGGUGGAAGGUCAAGGAUGCUUCUACGGCAUGAUCUCAUUGCCCCGCUCAAGGAAAAGGUGCUGAUCUUUGCUUAUCUUUAUGGAGAGGCUCGGCAGCAAAUGUCAUUGAUUUUGCAUCGUGGAAAAGUGAUGGGAAGAAGGGGUGGGAGUCAGGGAAGCUCCCUCAUGUCUGUCGAUAGGGAGAUACCACACUCGUCUUUGUCAAGAAGGGGGGCAUUGUUCGGUGGGACGCCCGUCGAAGAUGUUGAAAUUUUCAUGUUCAGGAACAUUGCUGUCAAGGCUGUGUGCGCCGACCAGGCCUCAGGGAUAUACUACUGGGUGGAGUUCGAUGACAUCCUUCCACGCGACAUGUCAGCAAACGAUAGAAAGGCUUUUUGGGACAGGAGCAGACGGCUGCAGCAUGGGUCGCUGGUCUGCCUCUGUCGGUCAGAGAACAGCAGAAAGACUGACUCUGACGCAACUCAGGGUCAGGAGGUGAGAGGGAUGCCUACAGUGCUGCUAUUUGGCACAAUAUCUGUUCGAGAUGUCGAGCAGUUGGCGCAAAGCGCCACAACAGGAAGGAUUCAAGUGGGGAUAUCCAUGUGCGGGAGUCAGUCCUUUAGUGAAAAGGCGAUGGAGUUGCUUUCAGAGACCUUGCCAAAGCACCAACGAUAUGGCUGGCAGCGCGGAGCUGCCGCCCAGAAUAAUGGGCCUGGAAUCACAGAUGAAAACAACUGCAGCGGCCAAGAAGGGAGGGGGGAGAAGAAGGGGUGGUAUCCUUAUGAGUCAGGCAUUGUAAUGCUGGAAGCAGCGUCAAACUACUUCGCUUACGAGCCAGUGUUGAAGGCGUUGCAGACACACACCGAGCUAUCAAUGCCUUUCGCAGAGUAUCUUUGUGGCCCUGGGCAAGCACAUCCACACCUCUCCCUCCCUGACUACGUCUCUGAGAACACCAUGUAUGAUCUCCAGCCACAGAAAUACUUGCGUGAUGGGGAGGAGAAAGGGCAGGGCUCUCCAUGCGCCGAUUUUGCUUCAGUUGAAUCAAUCACUGAUGAUGAUGCAAUUGGUCUCUCAGCUUAUGGCGGUAAUUCAUCCUCUCCGUCUCCGACAAAUGUGUCCUCUACCCUCUGGGGUGAUUCCGGGACCGCCAGCGCCGCUCGUAAACCCGGAAUCCAGAUUGACCUGAAGACCGUGCCCAUAAAUCGUCCGGAUGAUUUUCCUGUUGCUCAGCUCGUUGAAAAGUCGACUCUGGACCAAGCCCAGGCGGAGGCACUUAAGGCUGCGCUAACUCAGGAGAUUGCUUUGAUUCAAGGGCCCCCAGGCACGGGAAAGUUUCUCGAAGGGAUUCUGAAGGAGAGAGUGACGAAUAUUGUUCGGGUGGGUCAUCGCUGCAAGAAUGAAGCGUUGAUACCGUAUAACUUGCAUGAGAUUCUAAAGAACGGGAUUUCUAUUCCAGCAAAACAAUCACGAGGACUACGCCGGGAGGAAUUUCGCACGAUCAACACUCUAGAAAUGUUGGGGACAAAAAUUGGUCAGAAGUCUCGGAACAGAUUUAGGCACGGGUGCAUGGACUGGGCAUAUGUGAAGGAAUAUCUAAAGAACUUCCACCCAGAUCAGCACCAGUCCUUGAUUGGAGAAUCUGACAGUGAGACUGAGACUGAGAGUGAGGAAGGUGUCGAUCCAGAUAAGCCGAUGGCAGGAGGUGAGAGGAGUGAGCCGGAGGAAGGAGAAAUAGGUGGCCGGCAUCCAAACCAGCAAGAUCUAUCUGAAGAUGACAAGUGGCAUCGUUGGCUCAAAGGGUUUCCUUCUCCUCAUGAUAAAGGGACAUUUGCACACAAGUCCAACAACCAGCAGUGCUCAUUUGCCGACGAGAACCAAAGUAACAUCAUUGCGGUGGUUGAAAAGAGUGGGAAGUUAUGGCAUCAUACUGGUGGUUUUAGCACGGAGAAGGUGCGAGAUAUGCCGAGCUUGUCAGACAUGGCUAUGGUAGACUGCCAAUCACAAGUGCAGGCGAUGGACACGGCCGGCGACGAAAAUAUCCCAGAGGUGGAGGUCGAUAGUCUUGCCGGGGAAAGACGCUCUGAAAAUGUGAGCGGUAUGCAGAUGGCCGUUCAAAAUGCAUUGCCUGUCGAGGAAGGGAAACCUGCAGCAGUUGGCAUGGACACAGGGCACUUUUUUGCCUGCUCCAGCAAUAUUGUGAUCCAGCAGACGAUUGAGGAAUUGGUGAAUGUGAAGGAUGUUUGGAGUCUAACUCAUGCAGAACGAACAAGGCUUUGUGACCACUGGCUGGAGAUGAAGGACCUGCUAAAUGGCAUACGAGAAGCCAAGGAUCUGGACGUGCUGCGUAAUGCAGAUGUUGUUGGAAUGACAACCUCAGGGGUUGCAAAAAGCUUGCGGCUUGUGAAAGCUCUCGGACCUCGAAUCGUCGUGGUGGAGGAAGCUGCAGAGGUGCUAGAGGCUCACAUUUUGGCAUGCCUCUCGGAGCAUACUCAGCACCUCAUUCUCAUCGGAGAUCACUUGCAACUUCGGCCGAAGGUGGAGGUUUACGAUCUGCGGAAAGAAUCUCAAAAGGGCUAUAAUCUCGAUGUCUCACUUUUUGAAAGGCUUGUCAGACAUUCAAACUUUCCCUUUUACACACUAGAAGAGCAACGACGAAUGCGGCCAUGCAUUGCAGAUCUUGUGCGGAAGACAGUUUACCCCAAGCUCCAGGAUCAUCCCUCUGUCAUGACUUACCCGCCUGUUCGCGGAAUGGUUCAUGACCUCUAUUUCUGGAACCACGAUCAUCCUGAGAGUGGAGAAGAUGAGAGCCUAGGGCACUCUAGGUCAAAGACCAAUGAGUACGAAGCGGCCAUGGUUGCAGGGAUUGCAAAGUAUUUGUUUACACAGGGAUACAAGCCCAACGACAUCACGAUUCUGACACCAUACCUCGGUCAGCUACACAAGCUAAGGUCUGUGCUGUCAAAAGUCAUGUAUGUGCACGUGGAUGAGCAAGACGAAGAACAGUUGAUAAUUGCACAGCUGAGCACAGAUGGAGCAGCAGCAGGAGGAGGAGGAGGAGGAGGAGGAGGAGGAGGAGGAGUUGGAAAGGAGACAAGGAACACAGCCGGUCCAGCAGGACCCAGAAUUGGCAAGACAGAGGGGGAAAAGCAUAGUGGAGGCCAGGCUCAUUUAGUCACUGGAACUACCCUUAUCUCAACAAGACCUCUGAGAGACUCCGUUUGUAUCGCAACAAUCGACAAGUAUGCAGUUUCUUUCUGUUGAGUCUUCCCGAACAAUGACAAUU